AAUUGAUCAAGUGCUGAGUGGGACACACUCGGGAGCAGCGCUUCAGUAUCUUUGUGCUUGUUGAUCCAACUGGAACUGUACUGAAAUAUUAGAAAGAUCAAAACUGAGGAAAUAAUCAGAAAUAGAUAUAAAUACUGAAUGAAUUCAUUCACGGAGCAACGGCUGCCCGAGAGAAACUGACCCAGGGUCUGUGUGAAUUUCAUCUGUAAUUAUUUUUAUUGUUUAAUUAUAGUGAGCAGAAAUGGAAUGUGAUCCAUUCACAUAAAAGUGACUUACUAAUGUUUUAUAAACACGCACAUGAAUUUACAAAUGUUGAAAGAGCAGAGAAGUCCAUCUAUUCAGUGCGGAAUGUAGUCAUUUGGAAGUCAAGGGUGAAAAUCAGAAAGUCUUUCGAAGGCUCAGCAUCAAAAACCCAGGCUGAGCAGCUCCAGAGUUCAAUCCGCAAAAAUGACCAACAAAGAAACUAUUCCAGCAAUCAAAUGCCGACAAAGAUUUAUGGGGCAACAUCGAAUCCUCAUUCAAAAGCGAAGCACCGUUGAUUCCCAUUCCCCAAACCUUCGCCGCUCCGGCCGCUUGCUGCAGCGAAUUCACAUGCCCGGUUCAAAUAGGAAGGAAAAUCACACCGGUGUAACCCAGGCUGAGGUCCCUGCUAGUGUUAAUCCAUCAUUUGGGAAUACUGGCUUUGCUUCUGACCCAUCCUUAUCAUUGGAUGAUGAACUCAUACAAGCAGCAAUGGAUCUUGAAAGAAACUGGAAUGCUGGAUUUCCUGAAGACGAUGUCUUAAAAUCGAUAUGUUUGAACGAUAUUAAGGCAACAUCCAAUUCUGGUGGAGAUGCAAUUGAAGAAGUUAAUACAUAUAAUCCGUCUGGUGAAGAAAAGGGCUCAAGUUCAGCAGCAAGGGAACGUAGGAGUAACAGCGUGGAGCAGAAAACAUUGCAUAGAAUGGUAUCACCUAAAAACACUGAGAACUCAUCAGUAGUUGCAGACAUUAAUCUUGAUUUGUUCAAUAAAUCUUUACUAAGUGGCCGUAAAACAUUGGCCAAUGGACGCAAGAGGGAAAGACCUUUGUUUAGAAACAAUCUAGAUUCAGAUACUUCAGUGCACCCUGCCGCAAAGAAAGUAGUAGUUUCACAAAAGUGUUUACCUGUCAUAAAUGGAGGCCGACAGCCACCUUGUAUGCAAAAACAUCAAAAAGCAAGACCUGUGGUUAAAUGGCAGAUUAGAACUUCAUCUCAGCAAGAUAGAACUUUGGAAACAUCAAGCUGUUCCAUCGUGCUUACUCCAAACUGUCAAAAUCGGGUAGAAAAGAAGAAGCUUUUGCAAUCUAAUUGUUCCGUGCCUGUGCUGACACCACCUCCUGGCUUCAGUCAAAGUCUGUUAGAUGGCAGCAAACUCAGUGUGACACUGACAGCAACAG